UAGAAUUUUAGAGUCCGGCAAAAGUAGCAGUAGAACUGAUCUGCAACUAAAGGAAGUAGCCUAGUUUGAAUAUUGUUAUAAUAUAACUGUACUUCAUAGUAUUGGAGUAUAGAAGAUACAAACCGUAAAAGUGAUGCCGGCCCAGCCCUCCCUCAGAGAACCAGAGGAGGAGAUGGAGGUGGAGGGAGAGAGUGAACUACCAGAGGCCAAUGGAGAGAUGGAGGAAGAGAGGGAGAGAGAGAGAAGAGAGGGGGAGGAGGAAACCAUGGAGGAGAGCACAGAGGAGAGGGAGAGCGACUCGGACGAUAGCGAGGAGGAAGAAGAGGAGGAAGAGGAAAGUUCAGAGAUGGAUGAUGAGGACUGUGAGAGGAGGAGAGGAGAGUGCCUAGAUGAGAUGUCAGACCUCGAGAAACAGUUCCUGGAACUGAAAGACAAGUUGUUCCGUGAGCGGUUGAACCAGGUUAAGGUGAAGCUAGAUGAGGUGUUGACUGGUAAAGCAGGAGAAUACAGAGGACCACUGGCAACACUACAACACAACAUGACGCUACGCACACAGGUGGCAGGUGUGUACAGAGAACUGUGUCUGCAGGUGAUCCAACACAGGUACGAGUGUGAUCUACAGGGAGCUCGACAACAUCUGGAGAGCGAGAGGACAUUGUUGUUUGAUGCUAUGAAGACAGAACUGCUGGACAAGAUCAGACGGCUGGAGGAGGAUAGUCAGAGUGUCGACCUCACCUCAGGCCCAUUCAUCGUCUACAUGUUGAGAGACAUUGAUAUCCUGGAAGACUGGGCGGCUAUACAGAAGGCUAAAGCUGCACUGACACCACUAAAGAAGAAAACAGACAAGCGGUGAUAACAGAGGAGUGUCUCAGAUGUCUUGAUGGACCAAAGUCUCUGAGCUGCAGAAGAGAACUCACAACGACAGAACAGUCUUGACCACAACAGAACAGUCUUGACCACUAUUUAAUACAAAGCACUUCAGUAGGGUCUUGUUCAGUAAGGUCUUGUUCAGUAGGGCAUACCGGAACAAAACAUUUUGCAACAGAAAAUGUAAAUAUGUCUUCUUAUUGGACAAGUUCAGGAGAGUACCUCUCUGUUUCAAACCGUUUUGUUCCUGCUGAACACAGCCCAGACUAUGAAGACGAAGCAGCAGAUCGAUCACUUUUAAGUUCUGAUUCAUCUAUCACACUAUGGCCCAGUUACCUUUAGGUUCUGAUUCCUCUAUCACACUAUGGCCCAGUUACCUUUAGGUUCUGAUUCCUCUAUCACACUAUGGCCCAGUUACAUUUAGGUUCUGAUUCAUCUAUCACACUAUGGCCCAGUUACCUUUAGGUUCUGAUUAAUCUAUCACACUAUGGCCCAGUUACCUUUAGGUUCUGAUUCCUCUAUCACACUAUGGCCCAGUUACAUUUAGGUUCUGAUCACACUAUGGCCCAGUUACAUUUAGGUUCUGAUUCCUCUAUCACACUAUGGCCCAGUUACCUUUAGGUUCUGAUUAAUCUAUCACACUAUGGCCCAGUUACCUUUAGGUUCUGAUUCCUCUAUCACACUAUGGCCCAGUUACCUUUAGGUUCUGAUUCCUCUAUCACACUAUGGCCCGGUUACCUUUAGGUUCUGAUUCCUCUAUCACACUAUGGUCCAGUUACCUUUAGGUUCUGAUUCCUCUAUCACACUAUGGCCCAGUUACAUUUAGGUUCUGAUUCAUCUAUCACACUAUGGCCCAGUUACCUUUAGGUUCUGAUUAAUCUAUCACACUAUGGCCCAGUUACCUUUAGGUUCUGAUUCCUCUAUCACACUAUGGCCCAGUUACAUUUAGGUUCUGAUCACACUAUGGCCCAGUUACAUUUAGGUUCUGAUUCCUCUAUCACACUAUGGCCCAGUUACCUUUAGGUUCUGAUUAAUCUAUCACACUAUGGCCCAGUUACAUUUAGGUUCUGAUUCAUCUAUCACACUAUGGUCCAGUUACCUUUAGGUUCUGAUUCAUCUAUCACACUAUGGCCCAGUUACCUUUAGGUUCUGAUUCCUCUAUCACACUAUGGCCCAGUUACCUUUAGGUUCUGAUUCCUCUAUCACACUAUGGCCCAGUUACAUUUAGGUUCUGAUUCAUCUAUCACACUAUGGCCCAGUUACCUUUAGGUUCUGAUUAAUCUAUCACACUAUGGCCCAGUUACCUUUAGGUUCUGAUUCCUCUAUCACACUAUGGCCCAGUUACAUUUAGGUUCUGAUCACACUAUGGCCCAGUUACCUUUAGGUUCUGAUUCCUCUAUCACACUAUGGCCCAGUUACAUUUAGGUUCUGAUCACACUAUGGCCCAGUUACAUUUAGGUUCUGAUUCCUCUAUCACACUAUGGCCCAGUUACCUUUAGGUUCUGAUUAAUCUAUCACACUAUGGCCCAGUUACCUUUAGGUUCUGAUUCCUCUAUCACACUAUGGUCCAGUUACCUUUAGGUUCUGAUUCCUCUAUCACACUAUGGCCCAGUUACAUUUAGGUUCUGAUUCCUCUAUCACACUAUGGCCCAGUUACCUUUAGGUUCUGAUUCCUCUAUCACACUAUGGCCCAGUUACCUUUAGGUUCUGAUCACACUAUGGCCCAGUUACAUUUAGGUUCUGAUUCAUCUAUCACACUAUGGCCCAGUUACCUUUAGGUUCUGAUUCCUCUAUCACACUAUGGCCCAGUUACAUUUAGGUUCUGAUUCCUCUAUCACACUAUGGCCCAGUUACCUUUAGGUUCUGAUUCCUCUAUCACACUAUGGCCCAGUUACAUUUAGGUUCUGAUUCAUCUAUCACACUAUGGCCCAGUUACAUUUAGGUUCUGAUUCAUCUAUCACAUUAUGGCCCAGUUACAUUUAGGUUCUGAUCACACUAUGGCCCAGUUACCUUUAGGUUCUGAUUCCUCUAUCACACUAUGGCCCAGUUACAUUUAGGUUCUGAUCACACUAUGGCCCAGUUACAUUUAGGUUCUGAUUCCUCUAUCACACUAUGGCCCAGUUACCUUUAGGUUCUGAUUAAUCUAUCACACUAUGGCCCAGUUACAUUUAGGUUCUGAUUCAUCUAUCACACUAUGGUCCAGUUACCUUUAGGUUCUGAUUCAUCUAUCACACUAUGGCCCAGUUACCUUUAGGUUCUGAUUCCUCUAUCACACUAUGGCCCAGUUACAUUUAGGUUCUGAUUCCUCUAUCACACUAUGGCCCAGUUACCUUUAGGUUCUGAUUCCUCUAUCACACUAUGGCCCAGUUACAUUUAGGUUCUGAUUCAUCUAUCACACUAUGGCCCAGUUACAUUUAGGUUCUGAUUCAUCUAUCACUAGUGCUAAGCGAUUAACCAAAAUCUUUAAUAGGUUUUUAAACAAGUAAUUGACCAACGUUGGUUCAAUUAUUUGAAUUCUAUUUAAUUUUUUCCCCUGUGAGCACAAUGUGUCGUCUCUCUUGAGAUAAAUCAGAUCAAGCCCGAACUGUGUGAUUUAGUAGGGAGUUGUAGUUUCUAACAGGCUUUGUGGUAAUUAACUACAAUGACCAUAAUCCAUUGCGCGCCUACUUGUCCGGUCUGUGUGGAGCAGACACGGAGAGGGAGAGGGAGAGAGAGCAGCUGCUUCCAGGUAUCUCUACCUGAAAAUACAUGAUCUAAGUGAUUGAUAGUUGGUAUUCAGCGAUCAUCAAAGUAUGUCUUAUUUACUUUAAAGGACUACUAAAAUAGUGAUGUUGUCAGACAGCAGCUCUAUAGAGAUGAGAUGAUGACUUGGUAUGAAAUAAUAAAGUUAACAAAUAAAACGAA